AUGACUAAAAAUUCGUAUGGUGCCCAGAGACAGCUUUUGGUUGAUAUACAACCCGAAGAAAUUCGUCCCAGACAACACCGAAACUUGCUCGCGAUCGUUAAUGACGAGGAAGAAAACUGGCCAAUGGAAGAAGUGGUCAAGGCCAGCGAGUCACUGGGCGACCCGCGUUGGGUCGAUCAGCUUUACCGGAACCUGGCGGAAAUCGCCGAGGGAUACAGUGCUGACGGCAAGGAAAGUGCGGAUGCUAAGAUGAGCAACCGCUACGCCGCCGCCCUUCUCGCUAGGCAAGAAGGUGAUGGUCAGGCAAACGCAAUGCCAAGGUUCGACAAACGGCUGGGUGCCCGUUCUCGUCUGACCUACAGUCCGUACCUGAAGUACUUUGGGAGGAAUAGCCACUUCCAGAAACGUCCUGGCGGACGCGUUUUUUCGUCGUCCUCUCCGUGGCAGUACUUCUACGGUGGCACGAAGUACCGACGUGGCGACGAGUCGCUCAGCCUGUACCCCUCAGACGACGACGACGACGUGUUCAAUUACCCGGAUGUCGAGAAGUCGGAAGAUCGCAUCAAGAAGCUCGGCGCACGCUUCAUCCCCUUCAGAUACUACAAUCCAUAUGCUGAAUAUCCGCAUUACUAA